AUGACUUAUCUGAAAUCACUACUCCAAUUGCGACCCAAGGUGACGAAGGAUCCUCGCACAUUGCCAUUGUGGCGUAAACGCUAUCUACUGGGCCUUGUUUGCUUCAUUGCUAUCAUUCCUGGAUUCUGCUCCACGAUUUAUCUACCUGCAUUGGAAGAGGUGACGGACGAGUUGGAUAGCCCAAGUAUCAUGGUGACCUUGAGUAAUUCACUUUACAUGCUUUUUAUGGGUAUUGCGCCAAUCUUUUAUAGCAGCAUCAGCGAUCAUUGGAAUAUACGACGUAGCGUUUACUUUUUCAGCAUCAUCAUCUAUACGGCGGGGUCGCUUGGUGGAUGCUUUGCUUAUGAUAUCUAUGUAUUACUUGGCAUGCGUAUUUUGCAAGCAGUCGGCAUCUCAUCUGCAUGGGCUAUUGGUGCUGGUACGGUUGCUGAUGUAUACGCGGUCCAUGAACGAGGCAAUGCUUUGGGAAUCUACUUUACAGGCCAAUUUGCUGGUCCUUUGUUUGGCCCCAUCUUUGGUGGAUUUCUUGUCGAGCGAUGGGGUUGGCCAUCCGUUUUUUGGCUUCUUUUUGUCAUUGGCUGUAUCCUGCUUUUAUUGGUGGUGUUCACCAUGGAAGAAACCUAUCGUGACGAGAGUAUCUGGGGCAAAGAGUACGACGCCAACAAGCAAUUCGACCCUGAUGAAAAAUCCGAUAACACAGUCGUCGCUGAUAAGAUGGUCAAUCCAUUAGCAUCUUUGGCCCUAUUGCGACAUCCUUUUGUCUUUAUUUGUGCUACUGCAACUGGUUUCGCUUUUGGUGGCAUGUUCGCCAUUGAGAAUAUGCUCCCUGAUUUGUACACCAACACCUAUGCAUUCAGUGCCAGUUUAAUUGGCUUGUCGUUCAUCUCUCCUGGUUUGGGUGAAGUCAUUGGCUCUCUUAUCUCUGGCAAGCUUUCAGACAUCUUUUUAAAUCGUGCUCGUGCAAAACGUCCAAAUGGUGAAGCUGUACCUGAAGAUCGAUUGGCCCCCAACGUAUGGCCAUGUGCAUUCAUUUUGAACCCACUUUCAUUCUUUUUGUGGGGUUGGCCUGUUGAAAAAGGAUGGAAUGUUUGGGUAUCCAUUAUCAUGUUUGGUGUCCAGUGCUUUGCCAUGGUCAAUAUUUUCAAUCCUGUGAUGAGCUAUUUGGUGGAUGCUGUCAGCAAUCGUGGAGCCAGCGUAACAGCAGCAGCAAAUUUGGUGCGCAUGAUUUGGACCUUUGUUCUUAGUUUGAUCGCAAAUCCAAUGACGCGGGCUGUGGGUGCAGGAUGGGUCACCUUUUUCUUUGGAAUGCUCAAUUUGUCAUGGGCUUUUCUCGUGCUCCUUUUGCGUAUCAAGCCCGGAAUUCGCAAGUACUCUGGUUAUUAG